ACAACGCCCGCCCCUUCCACCUCACCUUUCUCUUCCUUACCAUCCUCGUCGCCGUCGUCGUCGUCGUCGGCCAGCCCCAGCACAACAUCCAGCUCUGUCCUUUCCUUAAUCUCGCGCCUUCACUGGCACGAGCGCCGACCGUCAGUCUCUCCUUCUCUACAUGGCCGUACGCUACGACACCAGGGACGUCCCCGUACCAACAACAAGAAUGGGUGGCAUCGGCACCACCAUCAAACGUGCAAAGACCCUCACCCGCCCAGAGCGCAGCGUCGCAGCUCCCCCACUCAUCAACCCACAGGGCAUCGCUCCCGCACCCACCGGCGUCGUCGUAGACUCGGGCGGAUUCGACCCCUGGACCUUCUUCUCCAGAGUCCUUACCUUUUGGGCCCCCGCCGUCGUCCUCAAGUCGCUUGGUCUCAAAGACAAGGUGACGCGCCAGGCGUGGCGCGAGAAGAUCGCCCUCUGUUUUCUCAUCGCAGUCGCAUGCACCGUCGUCGGCUUCGCCACAGUCGGCCUCCAGAAGGUCCUCUGUCCAGACACCCAGACUCUCUCCACCUCCCAGUUCGUCUCCCUCGGUGCAACCCCAGGCACGCUGGGCAUCGCAGGCUGGGGUUACAACGUCACCAACUCAAAGUCAACAGACUCCGAGAACUUCAUCUCCCUCUCAGCCGCCACUCCCGGCCAGGACAUCACCACUCUCUUUACCCGCUCUGCUGCCGACUUUUCCGAAUGCACCUCUCUUUCCUUCCGCGUCGCCGUCGAUGAACCCUGUUCAGGCUCCAACAGUUGUCCCCUCGGCAACCUCAAUUCCUCCUCCACAUUCUCCGACCUUAACCUCGUUAACAUGUCCCUCUCUAUUGGUUACGACUGGGAUCAAGUCUACAACCUUACGAACUUCAUUGUUUUGGAUGGCCAUGUUCUCAAUCUUCAACCUUACUUCAACCUUCACAACAACGCCAUCACGGGUGAUGAUGUAGACCUUGCUCUUCGCGCGCUCAUCUCCACGAACUCCCGUGAUGGGACCAGGCUCUUCGUGAACAAAGCGAACCUCAAAGCGGCCAUCCCUUGCAUGGUCCAGCGCUACGGUGCUGGAAACAUCGACAAGAUCACCCCUGGUUGCUUCGUCUCCCAACUCGUCCUCUACGCCGGUCUCAUCGUCAUUCUCGGUCUCGUCCUCAUCCGCUUCGUCAUGGCCUGCAUCUUCAACUGGCUCCUCUCCGAGCGUCUCGCAGGCAACCCGGACAGCACCAUCCUCAACCGCUCCGCCAUCAGUCCCGCCGUGAUGCCAGAGGGCGCGAACAUCUCGAUCGACAACAGGACGGGAACGGCGCCCUGGGCAGGCCCGGGAGGCACGAAGAAAAUUACAAAAGCGAAUAACAAGUCGGCCAGGUCCAUCAACACCGCAUCGAGCGUGACGCUCGCGAGCCAACAGGACGCUCAGCCCAUCAUGUCCCUGGCUCAGAUCGGUGCAGAACUGUUCGCGGUGUGCCUGGUGACGUGCUAUUCCGAGGGCGAGGAGUCGUUGAGGACGACGCUCGAUUCGAUAUCGACAACGACGUAUUCGGACGCACGUAAGUUGCUCUUCAUCGUCGCGGAUGGGAUGAUCACUGGUGCGGGCGAGAAGAGGAGCACGCCGGAUAUCUGCGUGGGCUUGUUGGAGGCGGAUCCGAGGUUUGGAAACCCGAUGCCGAUGUCAUAUGAAGCUGUCGGGUCUGGGUCAAAGGCACAAAACCGGGCGAUGGUUUAUGCUGGACAUUAUACCGUCGCUGGUGCACGGACGCCGACUGUCAUCGUCGUUAAGUGUGGCACCGAACAGGAAGCCGCGACAGAGAAGAAGCCUGGUAACCGUGGAAAGCGGGACAGUCAACUCAUUCUCAUGAACUUCUUCUCUCGCGUUACGUAUAACGACCGGAUGACGCCACUCGAUUUCGACCUCUUCCGCAAGAUCCACGUCUUGAUGGGUGUCACGCCUGAUUUCUUCGAAGUCUGUCUCAUGGUUGAUGCCGACACGAAAGUCUUCCCCGACUCGCUCAGAUACUUGGUCAACUGCAUGCACCACGACCAGAUGAUCAUGGGUGUCUGUGGCGAGACUCGUAUAGCGAACAAACGACAAUCAUGGGUCACUGCCAUCCAAGUCUUCGAAUACUUCAUCUCCCAUCAUCUCGCGAAAGCGUUCGAGGCCGUCUUCGGCGGUGUUACCUGUCUCCCAGGCUGUUUCUCCAUGUUCCGACUCAAAGCACGCAAAGCCUCAGGCGACGACUGGAUCCCGCUCAUCAUCAAACCUGAAAUCGUAAAGGAAUACAGCCAAAGCGAAGUCACGACCCUACACCAGAAGAACCUCCUCCUGCUCGGUGAAGAUCGAUUCCUGACGACCUGUCUCCUCCGCACGUUCCCCAACCGCAAGAUGAUGUUCCUCCCCCAAGCCCGUUGUCGUACCGUCGUUCCCGACACCUUCAGCGUCCUGCUCUCCCAACGUCGCCGCUGGAUCAACUCCACGAUUCACAACCUCAUGGAACUCGUCCUCGUCCGCAAUCUCUGCGGUACAUUCUGUUUCAGCAUGCAAUUCGUCGUCUUCAUGGACCUGCUCGGAACCGUCGUACUCCCCAUCGCCAUCUCGCUCACGUACCUCCUCAUCGUCUCAUCUGCCCUGUCACCACCGAAAUCGUUCGAGGAGGCGAUUCCGCUGGUGUUGCUUGUUGCGGUGCUGGGUCUGCCGGCGGUGCUGAUCAUGAUUACGACGAGGAAGGUGGUGUAUGUGUUUUGGAUGUUGAUUUAUUUGCUCGCUUUGCCGGUCUGGAACUUGAUCUUGCCACUCUAUGCGUUCUGGCACUUUGACGACUUUUCGUGGGGAGAGACACGAAAAGUCGAGGGCGAGGCGAAAGAUACAGGUCACGGCGAGGGUAAAGGUAAUGUCGGACACGCAGUGCCCCUCCGACGCUGGGAAGACUGGGAACGCUCCCGUCUACGCAAGAUCCGUCGCGAAGAACGCCGCCGGCGCGAUUUCGAGCGCCAACACCCCUCCGGUUUCAUCACCGGCGACGGGACGGAGUACCUCGGUGUCGGCGCUGGCGGUGGUAGCAGCAGAUACGACACGCGGUCGCAGUACGACGGCUCCGAUACCGUCUCUGUCGCCUCGUCCGACGACGACCAGUGGGGGAUGCAGAUCGGGGAGUAUAACGAGAAUAAUGCGAGAUAUCCGCCGCCGCCGACGGGAUUGCAUUCGCUUGCGCAGAAUAGAGAUAAGUUGGAUCAUGCGGAGACGGUGGGUGCGGCGGAUCUGGAGGCGAUGUUGGAUCAGGGGUGGGACGAGGAGGAGAAUGGGAGUUCGAGGGGGGGUUCGAGGGUGAAUUCGUCGGAUCGACUGGCUUCGUCCGUACUACAAAAUGCGCCGAGGUAUCAGCUUAGCGAUGGCCCGCCAGCGAGGGGGAACGGGAAUGGGAAUGGUCAUGGAGGGUAUGCGCCGGUUUCGAGAGGACAGCAUCCGUCGGUGCAGAGCCCGGUGUCGCCUGUGAGGCCGUCGCAUGGGAUGAGCUCGGCGGUGGGUGGGGAUUGGAAGACGCAUGUGAAGAGGAGAAGUGGGGGGAAUGGAGCGGCGGACUAUGGGCCUUUGGGACCGUUGGAUCCCGAUUCGAAGUUCUGAGCCUUCUGUUUUUUUCUCUUCUGUGAAUUUGUUUUUGUUCUUUUACAUCGCGCAGAUGGGGGGGCCGCUGUUGUUUCGCUUUUUUUCUUUCUUCGUUUCCAUCUGGCGUGAGGAAGGACAUUUUCUUCUCAGUUUACACUCGUUUGUUCGAUCACGCACAGCACAGCACGCACGCACAACUUCACACACUUGUUUCUUCCACUCUGGCUUGUUUGUCACCUUUUGUUGACUGUUCCACGCUUUCUUUUUAAGUUGUUGCGUCACUAUACCCCAACCCAACCCCUUUUUUCGACAGCUCUGUCUCCUCCUUCCUAUGAUGUUGUCUGCAUAGCAUGGAGGAUAGCCUAGUGUUGCGUUAUAAUGUCUACCUAAGUCUCAUAAGCCACUCACUCUCACUCACUCCCUGCAAUCAUGUUCUACUACGCGCCCACACGACGUCUUUUUUUUUGCUAGCCCCAACGUUCCGUUCCAUCAUCUACCACAAGUCAAUUCGGAUCAACCCUGUUCCUGAUCUUCAUCUACUAAAUAUUGUCAGACUCUGCCGCACCUCUCCGAUCCUCCUAUCACGUUACACAACUCCCUUCCUCUCCUUUGAGAUUGACCUUGGUUUUUUUGAUGAUGACUGUCCUCUGUUCACCGUUCACCGUUCACCGUUCAUGUCUCUUCACUUACCCAUCCACCCAUCCGUCCCCUCUAUUCUUUAGGACCUAACAGCUAGCAGCAAUAAAGUCGGAGAAGUACAUACCAUGGACGCGUUUACAUAAAGUUGAAUAUUAGCCUUCCUUGUCCUUGUUUCCUUGUCUCCUUGUCCUGUCCCUACCUUGUCCCCACGAAUCCGAUAUCAAGGAUGUCCAUCUAGGCGUCAUUAUUCUCUCAUACUUGUUCGCAUUCCGUGAGGUGCCUGAGGUUCCUCCAGUCCAUACUCGUUACUCAAUCUUGUUUCGAUUGCAUGUUGCAUAUCAUUUCUUUCUCUCUCUCUCUCUCUC